GGGUUUUACGUUGUGAUUGGGCUGGAGACUGUCUUUCCCAUCAUGCAAUGCUGGUUGGAAAAUAAAAAGACUGGCCAAAUUGGAGCAGUAUUUUAUUUAUGCACGUAUUGUUUUUCCUCUAUUUCAGUCACUUAACUAAAUCGAAGUCUCGACGACGUGUCCAGUAUUAGCUACAGUACGGACUCAAACAUCAGUUUUCAAGUCUGGGCACUCGUUGAAGUUUUGUCGCCUACUUUAGCCUAGCCUAGCCUAGCUGGCCAACUGCUAACACAGCUGCAAGGCACGUCGUCAAGCGUUCAGAUAUCAAAAUAUGUUCGCGAGAACUACACCGGCUGCAGAAAAGUUCCAGGAGGAACUUUGUGGAGUAAAAGAGGAGCCCCCACGUCACCAAGACUCGACUAUGUGCAAAAUGAUGCACGCAAAGGUUGUUCUUCGCAGACUCGAAGAUCUAUGUGUCAGCCAAGCCUGUCGUCUUGAGCACCAGGAGUCUUCAUUCGUCAAGGGGGAGGAGGAAGAGUCGCUAUACAUCAAGGAGGAAGAGUCCAUUCCCAAUGAAGGUUUCAGCAAAUAUCUUGGUCCUGGCGCUCAACAGCUAAAGAGAGUAGUACAACUUCCAAUCAAAAAGGAGGAGGUAGAGCUGACAUAUAUUAAAGAGGAGGACGAUAUCACCAUGUCGACUGGUGAGCCCUUGAAUAGCGAGGAUAGUCCGAGUGAGGCCAGCGGAGCGAUGGAGCCUCCAAGCAGCAGCUCAACAGAAGGAUCGCAAGCACACAUUUUCAUCACACCAUCAGAUAGAAAUGGCCCCACGUCACUCUCACCUUACAAAGAUGAUGGUCAGAAGAAAUCUCACCGUGACGACAAACUCUGCAAAUGCUCUCAGUGUGGGAAAACCUUUGUUAAUAUUUAUAGUUGUCGUAUGCAUGUAAGGAGCCACACUGGCAAAAAACCUUUUCCCUGCUCAAUUUGUGGUCAAGGAUUCAAUAGAAAGCCAAACUUGAAAAUACACAGAAGAACCCACACUGGUGAAAAACCUUUUUCCUGCUCAGUUUGUGGAAAAAGAUUCACUCAGAAGAGCGCCUUAAACACACACACAAGAACCCACACUGGUGAAAAACCUUUUUCCUGCUCAGUGUGUGGUCAAGGAUUCUCUCAAAAGCCACACUUACAAAGUCACGAAAGAACCCACACUGGUGAAAAACCUUUUUCCUGCUUAGAUUGUGGUCAAAAAUUCACUCAUAAGAGUGCCUUAAAAGUACACACAAGAACCCAGACUGGUGAAAAACCUUUUUCCUGCUCAGUUUGUGGUCAAGGAUUCAGUUGUAAGAAUGCCUUAAAAGUACACGCAAGAACCCACAGUGGUGAAAAACAUUUUUCCUGCUCAGUUUGUGGAAAAAGAUUCACUCAGAAGAGCACCUUAAACAGACACAGAAGAACCCACACUGGUGAAAAACCUUUUUCCUGCUCAGUUUGUGGUCAAGGAUUCUCUCAAAAGCCACACUUACAAAGGCACGAAAGAACCCACACUGGUGAAAAACCUUUUUCCUGCUUAGAUUGUGGUCAAGAAUUCCGUUAUAAGAUUGCCUUAAAAGUACACGCAAGAACCCACACUGGUGAAAAAACUUUUUCCUGCUCAGUUUGUGGUGAAGAAUUCACUCAGAAGAGCCACUUAAAUCAACACAGAAGAACCCACACUGGCGAAAAACCUUUUUCCUGCUUAGCUUAUGGUAAAACAUUCAGUUACAAGAACAUCUUAAACACACACACAAGAAACCACACAGGAGAAAAACCUUUUUCCUGCUCAAUUUGUGGUCAAGGAUUUAAUAAAAAGCAAAACUUGAAAAUACACACAAGAACCCACCCUGGUGAAAAACCCUUUUCCUGCUCAGUUUGUGGAAAAGGAUUCACUCAGAAGAGCACCUUAAACAGACACAGAAGAACCCACACUGGUGAAAAACCUUUUUCCUGCUCAGUUUGUGGUCAAGGAUUCUCUCAAAAGCCACACUUACAAAGUCAUGAAAGAACCCACACUGGUGAAAAACCUUUUUCCUGCUUAGAUUGUGGUCAAAAAUUCACUCAUAAGAGUGCCUUAAAAGUACACACAAGAACCCAGACUGGUGAAAAACCUUUUUCCUGCUCAGUUUGUGGUCAAGGAUUCAGUUGUAAGAAUGCCUUAAAAGUACACGCAAGAACCCACACUGGUGAAAAACAUUUUUCCUGCUCAGUUUGUGGAAAAAGAUUCACUCAGAAGAGCACCUUAAACAGACACAGAAGAACCCACACUGGUGAAAAACCUUUUUCCUGCUCAGUUUGUGGUCAAGGAUUCUCUCAAAAGCCACACUUACAAAGGCACGAAAGAACCCACACUGGUGAAAAACCUUUUUCCUGCUCAGUUUGUGGUGAAAAAUUCCCUCGCAAGGAUUGGAUUAAGAGACGUGUGUGUUGGUGUGAGAAGCAUUGGCAAAUGACUGUUUUGCCUGUCAUCCACGCUGCCUUCAUCAGAUUUUGCACAGAGGUCAAUUGUAGUCUGUAGAGUUACCUCAAAUCCUGUUGAGGAUUGGCAGUAUUGGUGCCUUACAUGUGAAAAUUAUGAUUGGCUCACAAAUAUUUGUUACUUGCGGAGGGGUGAUUAUACAGUAUAUAAUUUAAAAAGUUACUAUUACUGCCCUUGAUUGACAGUGACAUAUUAUGACAGAGUAUUGGGGCCAAAUAAAGGGAGGGAAAAAAAGGACUACGAGAUUAAAGUUGUACUCUUACUACAAGAAAAAAAGUAUUAUUACGUUGGGGUACUGUAGCUGAAUAAGGGGCUACGCACUUUAUGUUCAUGUUCCUUAGCUGGUCUCUCCAACAAAGCAUCAGUAAAAUAAUUCCAUUGAUUAUAAUUUGAUGUAGAUGAGCUAAAAGAUAACUGAUUUUCUUAUUUUGGAAACUGAUUCUAAAACACAGCCUCACGAGAUGCUUUCAUUAUUGUUGACUAUAGUGGAGGUGGCAAAGUGCUACAGAAAGUACGUUGCUGCUUAUUCAGCUACAUUACCCCUACGUAACAGUGCGACUAUAAUCUCGUAGUCCUCUUUUCUUUAUUUUGGCCUGAUACUUUUUCGGACAAAUUGGACAAUAAUGAUAAAAAUUGUUAGUGCUUUUAAUCAUUCAGGCCCACCCACGUCGAUGAAAAUCUCUCAACUCUGCUUCGAAUGUAAAGUGCUUGUACUUCACUGUGAUUAAUUUUAUUCAUUAUAAACAACUUUUUAUUCAGGCUUAACUUCCUAUUCCCUUUGUUCAGAACAAGCCUAAUUAUAAUUAUAAUAUUAUAACUCGAAACUAGGGUUGUAACUAAAACCGAUACUUUGUUAUAAAGUUGAUUCUUCGAUUCAGAAAAUGUGACUGUACUGCCUUUACUGCAAUACCCAAAGGAUCGCCGGUACCGACGCGACAGAUCUGGCUGCUUCUUUUGUGCGUCAUAUGAGGUGACACAAGUUGCCAGACAAGCGGUCAAUUACACCGCUAAAAUGCGGGUUGUAAAUGAGCAGUUAUAUGGCAAUCCAGGCUGUGCGAAAGAACAAGAAUAGAAUUUAACUUUUUUUUUUUUUUUUUUUGCCAAAUAAGGUCCCUUUUUUUAGGACACCAUAACCUAAUGUCCAAACUGUUGUUUUCUUCAACCAUCCCACAGAUCAAAAGAUCCUUGUGUCAUCUGCAAAUAAAACCAAUUUUAGUAUUCUUGAAACUUUACGUAUAUCAUUUAUAUAAAGAAUAAACAGUUUUGGACCUAACACUGAACCCUAGGCGACGCCACAAGCAAUGUCCAAGCAUAAUGAUGAAUAGUUACCCUCUUCAACCAGUGUAGUGCCACCCCCCGAUCCCAUACUCUUCAAGUUUAUUAAUCAAAAUGUCAUGAUUAAUAGUGUCAAAUGCUUUAAGAGCUAAGAAUAUUCUGAGUGUAAUUUGUGAUCAAUAGCAUUACUGAUCUCCUUAAAAUAUUCAAUGAAAGCUAGUGAUGUUGAACUGUUUGCCUUAAAUCCAUCCUGACUGUCGAAAAGUAAGUUAUUGGUACUUAUGAAUUUAUUGUAUCUGUUGUUGAAUAAUUUUCUUAAGAAUUUUGGAAAAUUGUGGAAGUAGAGAAACAGGCCUGUAGUUUGUGAAGUGGUGUCUAUCUCCAGUCUUGUAUAAUGGCACUACUUUAGCUAUUUUCAUUUUGUUUGGAAAUUUACCCGUUGAAAAUGAUAAGUUACAGAUAUAUGUUAGUGGUUUUAAAAUCCCCUCAAUGACCUUUUUCACAACUGCCGUGUCAAUGUCAUUUGAAUCAGUGGAUGUUUUACAUUUACAUGUAUUUACAGUGUCAAUUAUUUCUUCUUCCACCACUGCUGGAAGGAACAUUGAACUGGGAUUCCUUUCAAUGAGGUUUUCAUUCCACUCCUCAGAUGAACUUUUUUUUUUUUGGCGCCACAUUUGGUCCAACAUUUACAAAGAAAUCAUUGAAGCUGCUGACUUUCAUCCAUAUUAUCCUUCUUCACAUCAUUUUCCACAAAGCAUUGAUGAAAACUUGCUUUGCACCAUUUUUACUAAUUCCAUUCAAUAUGUCCCACAUUCCUUUAAUAUUGUUUUUGUUGUUAUACAAUAUUUUACCAUUGUAUUCUUUCCUACAUACCCAUAUGAUAUUGGUCAGUAUAUAUUUAUAUAUUUUUUUCUGCCUCUGUAUUUCUUUGUUUUAUGAAUUCUCUAUACAAUGUAUUUGUUGUUUUCUGCUCUGCCGUUGUAUUGGGCAGGUUUUUUUUUUUGUUUUUGUUUUUUAUCAUAUAAUGAUGUGAAUAUAUUCGGAAAUGUUUCAUAUACACAGUCAAUGCCAAUUCCAUUGCAUACAUUUUCCCAAA